AUGAUCAAUGUUUUGAACUAUAUUGACUCAAUGAUUUCUCCGCUUAAUUACGUUCACAGCGUGGUAUCUGUUUGGCGCCUUAUUCAGAUUUUCGGUUACAUGUUUUUAUCAAAUUUUAGAACUCUAAAUCCAGAUAAUUCUACAAUUCACAAAUUUUUCAACUACUUUUCGAUUCUUUGGAAUGUUGUCCCCAUAGAUUAUCGUGACAAAUCAUCUUUUAUUAUUGCAGUAAUUUAUUUUGCCGGAACAAGCAUAUUUUUCGGAGUAUUUGCAGCAACCGCCUACUAUUACCAGCAUUAUGGUACUCUAAAUGUCGCUGCGAUGUAUUUCAUACACCUUUUCAUUUCCGUACCCGGUUAUUUAUUACAAGGUCCAUUGUUAGAAAUCUGCUUCGAGACCAUUGGUAAGAUAAUUGCAUCCGUUGAUACAUACUGGUCUCUUGGAUACAAUAUCGCAACGUGGAUAUUAGUUAUCAUUACAUAUUUCACUUGGUACUUCUUCUAUCGCCAAAUUUAUUCAUUCUCGCUUGUAUUUAGACCAACUUCUUUAAUGACUAUUACAGGUUGGCAACAAAUGGCUACAUUCCAAACCGCAACAUUUUCCGCAAUCAUUGUUGGUCUAGCCACAUUUUUGCCCAGAACUUCCCAAGGAGUAUUCAUGAUUAUCGGCUCUUUGGCAUCUCUAUCUGCUUAUUUCUCAAUUUACAAGAAUUUCGUUCUUGUAUCGUUUUGGCACAAUUCUGUGUUCCUUUGCUUCACUAUAUCAGGUCUUAUUUCAUAUCUUGCGUUUGCCAUUAUGAUCUUUUUGAAGAAAGAAAUGACGAUUGCCGGAUUCUUCAUUUGGAUCAUUGCUUUGUUUGUCAUUUUCAUCCUUUCACACUUUAUACAACAGUUCAUGAUAAAGAAGGCCCUUCUAUUGUUGGACAGAAUUUAUGAUGACAAAUCUGUUUUAGAAGAAUACAAACAUCUCCAUCAUCUCUACACCUGCUCACUCAUUGGAUUCCGUUUCUCACAUCCGAUCUCUUUAGAUUUCACCAUCUUCAAACAUAUCACAGAACGUGAUCCAGACAACGAAAACUACUGGAUAACAUACGCAAAACUAGUUGCUAUUUAUCCAGAGUUAAGUGAUGUCCACCAGUAUAUUGUACAGACAAUUAUGAACAAGAAAUGGUCAUCAGGAAAUGUGAAGCAAAUGCUUGCACAGUCAAACAUCAUUUUCCAACAAAGAGAAACAAAUUUGACAGCUGAUUUAAAGAAGAAACUUCAGAAGGUAUCAAAAGAAAUCGGUUCCUGCAAGAGAAGACUUAGACACAUCUGGGACCAAGUCAUUCAAGGAAACAUCGCUGAAAUGGAUGGUGCAAUUGCUUCUGCAUACCAAGCUAUACAAGAAACAGAUGCUUCUUUUGCAUUAUUACUCACACAGUUACCAAACAAUCGUUUCUUGUAUAGAACAUACGCAAACUAUUUAUAUGAUGUUACAAAUGACAUGGAGAAAUACAAAGAAAUAUCAGAUGCAACAAGAUUACUCUCCAGAGGUAUCAGAGUUCAUUCAGAUCAUACUCAAGAACUAGGUUUCAGAGCGUUUCCAAAUUUGCCACAGAUAUUGACACAAUCAACACAAUUACAACUUUCUAGUGUCAACGAAAUGUCAGAAAGUGCAGUUUUCAUUGAUGAAAUUGAUGAAGAAACAAUCACAAAAAGAAUUGAUGAAACAAGAUCAUUGAAUGAUUUGAUUGACAACUUAAAGAUUCCAUCACUUAAAUUAACUAUUGUUAUCAUUUCUAUUGUUGUUGGUAUUGUCAUUGUUGCUGCAGUUAUUUGUCUCAUUCUUUCACCAUCUUACAGAAACAGAGUUCAGAAACCAAUCAAACUACUUGAUGCUGUAAACUAUGCUUCUUAUUAUGCAACAGUUGCUGUAACAAUGGCUCAUCAAUAUAUACUAAGAACACUCAAUGUCAUCAAGUUCAAUGAUUUCAAGAUGACGAACUUUAACAACCAGGACACAUUGUUGGGUCAAAUCAAGUUUGCUAUCACUGAAAUCCUUGAUAAAAUGAAAAUAUUUUCUGAUUUUAGAGGAUACCAUUCAAAUGAUGAAUAUUUCGGACCAGCAAACAGUUAUUUGUUCAAUUCCUCUGUUCCUAUAGUUCUUUUCAACAACUAUUUUCUAAAUUCUACUAUGGAAAUGAGUUUAAGUGAUGCUUUGAAUAUGAUUGUUGUCAGAUUGACAGAAAUUGUUGAUUAUGAUCCCACUAAAAUUACAAAUUGGACAUUGUUGUCACCUUCAAUGAGAAAUCCUUUCUACAACAUCAAAUCAAUUGAUAAUUACAUGGCUGAUGUUUCUGAUUUAAUUGCCGAUUUCGUUACAGAAACAAUUGAUCAUACAAACCAUAUUUUGUUCAUUGCUGUCAUUGCCAUAUCUAUUUUGUUGGCUGUUAUUCUCUCUAUCAUUAUUUACAUCAUUUGGAAACGAAUCUCCAAAGAUAAGAACACUGUUUACAGAACACUGAUGGUAUUACCAAAGAACGUUGUCUCUCAAAUUUCUGAAGCUUUGAGAAUUGUCAAAACCGACGAAACCGCCACCAAAAAUAAUAACCUCAGAUCCAAUUCGAAUAUUUCCAGUGAAAUGGAGACAUCCAAACAAGAAGAGAACCUAUUAAAGGUAUUAACAGCAGCAACAGAUGAAAACUCAUCAGUUGGAGAGAUUUUGCAUCUGACAAUUUGCAUGUUAAUCAUCAUGGUUUGUUGCAUUCUCAUUGAAGUGUCAAUGACUAAAUUGUACAUGGACCAAGGCAACGCCAUUUCAAAGAAUUCAAGACAUGUACACAAUAUCAUGGCAACAGCAACAUUUUUGGAUUUAAUGACAAUGAAUGUCAAUGAUCUCGCAUCUAUAUUAAAGAACAAGACAUUCACUGAUUUCCUUCCAUUAACGCCUCUAAUAAUUAUGACAAAUGUUGCCGCUAAAUUCAAAAUGAUGGAAGUUUACAAUGACAAUUUGACUGAAUUUUAUUCCGCUUUGAGAUUUGGUGAUGACAACUCUCUUCCUUUCCCUGAUUUCAGAGAUUUAGUUGUCAAAGCUAAAGAAUUAGCUAAUUGCAACACAACGAAACUCUAUGAAACAAUGGAAGAAGGCUUCAACUGUUUCUCACCUGAUAUCAUCAUCAAAUACGCAUAUUAUCACUUGCAUUCUAUCAUUGAUGCAUCAAUUGUUACAGCUGCAAACACCAGUAUGCGAUUAAUCCCUCCUCCAAGAGUUGAUGAUCUUAUAUUGUUUAAUGAGAUCGCUGUAUUCAGAAUUUUCGAUGAUUUCUUGUAUCCUGGUUCUGAAGUUGUUGGUGAAAUGGUUGAUGAUUUAAUCAGAGACAAAUUCCCUGUUUGGGGAUCAAUCAUCGGUGUAAGUCUCUUCUGUAUCAUUGUUUCUUAUUUCGUGAUUAUUUACUUCACGAAACAAAUUCACAAGAAGAUGAAGUACACAUUGCAAUUGUUGUUGGCUUGCCAGACAUCGAUGGUCAUGCAGAACUCAUACAUCGUUUCUGUUCUCACAGGAAACUUCAGCCAAAACAAUGGUGAUUCGUCAACAAGAGAUGCACAGUUCUAUGACAAUUUGGUCGAAGAACUUCCUGACGCAAUCAUUGUUGCAAACGGACAGAACUACACUGUCAAAUCAAUGAACAAAGCAGCAAUUGCAUUGUUCAACAACGAAUUGAUUGGACAGAGUAUUUCUAGUUUCAUUCAAUCAACAAAUUUCCAACCAGAAACUAACUCGAAAUUGCAGAAAUUGUUUGAUCCAACAACAAAGAAUGCAACAUGCGGAAUACAGUUUAUCAAGGGAGAUCCUGAUAAGCAGUUCUUGUCCAUCUCAAGAACAUCAGCAUUGACAGGAGAAGAUGUCAUCUUCACCAUCAGAAACUCAACACAAAUAUUCAUGUACAAUAAAUUGAUUUCUGAAGAAAGAGCUAAAAGUGACAGAUUAUUAGCUUCUAUUUUGCCAGCAACAUUAGUACCAAGAGUACAAGCUGGCGAAAAGAAUAUUUCAUUCUCUGUUCCUUCAGCGACAAUUGUCUUCAUUGAUAUUGUCGAAUUCACUCCUUGGUGCUCUUCAAACACUGCACAAGUUGUCACAGGAACAUUGAAUGACAUUUUCACUGAGUUCGAUACAAUAAUUGAGUCAUUGCCUGUAAUGGAACGAAUUAAAUGCAUCGGUGACUGCUACAUGGCCGCAGGAGGUAUCUUCGCGGAAACUCCCAAUGUUUUACAGUUCGCAAGAGCUGCUGUUGACUUUGGUUUGGAUGCAAUCGCCGCAAUAGGAAGAGUCAACGAGAAACAUGGAAUGUCUCUGAGAGUAAGAGUUGGCGUUCACAUCGGUGGACCAAUUGUUGCAGGUGUUAUUGGUACAGGAAAGCCAACAUUUGAAAUAUUUGGCCCUGCAAUUUCAAUGGCCCAACAAAUGGAACACAACGGCGUUCCAAUGAAAGUACACGUUUCUAGAUCUAUCUACGAAUUGAUUUACGGUGGUACAUAUAAGAUAGAAGAACGUGGUGAGAUACAGAUCAAACAAGGAAAGGCUUUGACUUAUCUCGUUGAUAGAAGUUAA